ACUCAGUGUCCUACCCCUUUGCUAAAAGUUUGGUCUGUGACCACAACCCUUAUUAAAGAUGGGGGAGCGGUUGCAAAGUCAAAAAAUGUAUGUUUGCUCCUUUGUUGACUGUAAAGCUACGUUCAGUAAGUCAUGGAAGCUUGAUGCUCACCUUUGCAAACACACAGGAUUGAAACCGUUCUCCUGUGAGAGCUGUGACAGGUGCUUCUGCACUCGCUAUCAACUCAGCAGACAUGAGCUCAGUCAUAGUGGGGAAAAGCCACACAAGUGUCCAGCUGAUGGAUGCUCUGAGGCAUUUGUGAGAAGUGCCAGCCUGAAGAACCACGUGGCUCGAGUCCAUCAGCACCAGGAAAAGCGAUAUCAAUGUGAUCAUCAGGGCUGUGAAAAGCAUUUCAACAAGAAGAACCAACUGAAAGCGCAUCAAUGUGAGCACCAACAGAAUCUGCCUUUUCAUUGCUCCUUGAAUGGAUGUACGAGAGAAUUUCCCACCCUUAGAAAACUGAAGCGUCAUGAGAGACUGCAUGAGGGCUACCCUUGUGAGACUGAAGGGUGUCCUUUUCAGGGAAAAACAUGGUCAGAAUAUCUGAAGCACAGAAGAGAACACAAAGACAAGGUGCUGUGUGGAAGGUGCAACAAGCUGUUCAGCAACUUCUGGUUCUUGCGCCAUCAUGAGCUUCGUGUCCACUCUGGGGAAAAGAGGAUGUUUCCAUGCCCCAGAGAAAGCUGUGACAAAACCUUUACUCGCCGCUUCAACUUGGAGAGUCACAUACUGGGAGACCAUGAGGGGAAGAAGCCAUUUAGCUGUGCUGUUCCUGGCUGUGAAAAGAGCUUUGCCAUGAAGGAAAGCCUUUGGCGACAUGGAGUAGUGCAUGACCCAACAAAGAAAAAGCUGAAGAAACUGCAUCCUAAAAAGAACUGGCCCCGGUGGAUGGCACAGCAGGUUGGCCUCGCAGCUGCAGCCAAUCAAGCGGAGGCCGACAAACUUGCUGCGAAGCUGCACAACACGACUUUAGAGGAUAACAAAUCUUGAGCCUGCAUUAUAAAGCUCUAGAUAUGUUCCUUAAUGGAGAAAUGACACAUUUCUGGUUUACUUUUGUUUAUGAAUGCGCAAAUAAAAGCCUCAACAAUGCACCAUAUCACUGUUGCAAUGUUUUG